AUGUCGUCGAUCACGCAUGUGCUUACACGCUACGCCACCGAAUUUGUCGAUUACACCUGCAACCAUGUGAUCAUGAUGCUGGCCGCGAUCGAGGAUGCCGACCCGAGUCCCUCCAUCCGCCUCGAAAGCGCACAUGGCGAUGAUCCCGAGAUUGUAGAUCCGUUCACUUUGAGGGUAAAGCCCAUCACGAGGGGAUUGCGCUCAGCCAUCAAGCACCUCCGCGCCCGUGGUGGAGGAGAAGGAGGAGGAGAAGGAGGAGGCGGGCUCAUCGUUUCAUGCUUGCAUGGAUUCCGCAUGUACUUCCCCUUCUACAUCCUCGACCGCGGUGUGGGAUUCUUUCUCAACCCGAUAUUCUAUUCGGGGCCCGCCCGCCUCACGCUCGCCUCGUUCGCAAUGGAGUUCCUCGCGCGGAUGUGCCUGGCCACCGUGCAGAUGGCCUGGGUCCACGUGAUCAUCGCGGACCGAUCCCCGCGCGGCGCCAGAUCUCGGCAUACGCGGGGCCUCCUCGGGUACUGGCCGUCGAUCGCCCCGGCGGCGGCGCUGCAGAAUGCCCUCGUGUGCGUGUUGUACACGAUGUAUCUCGUGGCGGUGCCGGCUGGCAGCUGGGCCUUUGUGAGUGUGGCGGGUGUCACGCAGGGGCAUCUAGCCUUGGGGGGCCAUCUCCGGUUUGUGGUGGUUGUUCUCAUCCCGGCGAUACUCUCCCUGCUGGUCACCCUGCCCGCGAGAGUGGUCUUCGUGCGCGUGGCCGCCUCCAUGCUCCCCGAGGAGGAUGUGCCCUUCGUGCCCUUCGAUCGCUGGUUUGAUGGCAAGGUGGGGCCCGAGGUUGGAGGCACCGGUGAAAGGCUUGGCAUCAAGGAUGCCUGGACCACCGUCGCACGGCCUUUUUGGGUGCGCUGCUUCAAGAUCACUCUCAAGGCGCUGGGUAUGGAGGUCGUGGUGGUCGUGGCUGAGAUCUUGGUCAUGAUCGGCGAAAUGUUUUUGGUUCAACUGGCAGGGGCCGGCUUCUAG